AUGGUGGGCGCCGGUCCUCCCCCACUGGAUGACUUCAACACGAACGGCAGUACGCGCCCCAAGAAGGUCGCGUACUUUUACGACUCGGAUGUGGGCAACUAUGCCUAUACCGCCGGGCAUCCCAUGAAGCCCCACCGCAUACGGAUGGCCCAUAGUCUAAUCAUGAACUAUGGCCUGUACAAGAAGUUGGAGAUAUAUAGAGCAAAACCUGCCUCCAAGUUCGAGAUGACCCAGUUCCACACGGACGAGUACGUCGAUUUCUUGCAGAAAGUGACACCGGACAACAUCGACAACUACGCCAAGGAACAGAGCAAGUUCAACGUCGCGGACGACUGCCCUGUCUUUGACGGUCUCUUCGAGUACUGCGGUAUCAGCGCGGGCGGAAGUAUGGAGGGUGCGGCACGUCUCAAUAGGGGCAAGUGCGACGUCGCGGUCAACUGGGCCGGCGGUCUGCACCACGCCAAGAAGAGUGAAGCCAGCGGCUUCUGUUAUGUGAAUGACAUUGUUCUUGGCAUCAUUGAGCUCCUACGCUUCAAGCAGCGCGUCCUCUACAUUGACAUUGACGUACACCACGGCGAUGGUGUAGAAGAGGCUUUCUACACGACCGACCGCGUCAUGACUGUAUCCUUCCACAAGUACGGCGAAUACUUCCCCGGCACCGGCGAGCUGCGCGACAUUGGUGUCGCCAAUGGCAAAUACUACGCCGUGAACUUCCCUCUGCGGGACGGCAUUACCGACGAGACAUACAAGGGUAUUUUCGAGCCCGUCAUUAAGGCCGUCAUGGACUGGUACAGGCCAGAGGCUGUUGUGCUGCAGUGCGGAGGUGACAGCUUGUCGGGCGACAGGUUGGGCGCCUUCAAUCUCAGUAUGAGGGGUCACGCGAACUGCGUCAAGUACGUCAAGGGCUUCAAUCUGCCAGUCCUGGUGCUGGGAGGCGGUGGAUAUACUAUGCGCAAUGUUGCACGGACAUGGGCGUUCGAGACGGGUCUGCUUGUCGACCAGGAGCUGGGAGCCGACAUACCAUUCAAUGAUUAUUACGAGUACUUUGCCCCGGACUAUCAACUGGACGUCCGUCCCUCGAACAUGGACAAUGCAAACUCCCCUGAAUACUUGGAGAAGAUCCGCGCGCAAGUGGUUGAGAACCUCAAGCGCACGGCAUUUGCACCCUCGGUCCAAAUGACCGAUGUUCCUCGCUCGCCCAUGAUGCCAGGAAUGGACGAAGAAGCCGAAGACGAGAUGAACGACCUCGACGAGGACGAAAACCCGGACGUCAGAUACACGCAGCACCGAUGGGACAAGCGCGUGGAGAAGGACGGCGAGCUCAGCGAAAGCGAAGACGAGGCCGAGAACGAGAGGCAAGGCGUGCGCAAGCAGCCGGGCCGGAGAAAGCGCAUGAACAUAACGGACUUCCCGAACCCGAACGCCGACCUGGACGAGGACAGCGCAAUGGGCACGCCGCAGCAGAGGCCCGGCAGCGCGAACGGCACCGGCCCCAGCAGCCUCAACGGCACCAUCAGCGCCGAGGAGUCCAAGAAGACGUCGAGAGGCGGCAGCCCAGCAGCGGCAGCCGCAGACGACAGCAAGCCAGCGUCGAAGGCGGCCUCGCCCGCUCCCGUGCCCGCAACCACCGCCGACCAAGACGGCGACGUCGACAUGGACGGUGGCGCGGCAGGCGGCGCCCCCCCCAACGCGCCCAACAUGACAGGGGAAGCCCAAGCAGCCGCGACGCGAGAAGCGCUAGCCGCCGACGCGCUGACGCCCCCGGCCUCGCCCCCUGCGACCGACCCCGCCGCGCCGACCACAGCGACCGAAGCCGCGGCCGCGGAGCCCGACGCGCCUGCUGCGGCGACGGCGGCUGAUGCUGCUUCUGCUGCUGCAGCUGCGCCCUCGGCGCCGGUGGGCGCAGCGCCCCCUUCGCUGCCCGGCGUGAUGGCGACGGCGGACUCGUCGGCUUCGGCCAGGGACCUCGAGAUGGGUGAGGCGGCGGGCGCGGGGCCCGAGCCGGGCCUGCUGAAGGAGGAGGGCCUGCGCGAGCGGCAGGAGGAGGACGUCAAGGGCGAGGUUGGGGCCGAGUUGGCGCGGGUGGCGGAUCGGGCGGCCGAGGAGCGGGAGCGGGGGAAGGCUGCGAAUGGGGGUGGGGAUGGGGAUGACGAUGACGACGAGGACAGCAAGGUCGCUUUGUGA